UACCACUUGUAUACCAACCCCCUGAAGUUGUCUUGUAUAAAGAGAGAAAACACCUUGAUGGACCUAGCAUAGACAUGUGGGCGUUCGGUUGUCUGGCUAUGGAACUGCUUAGUUAUUUCGCCAUAACAAGAGCUGCACCUACGGACCAGAGAAAAGAAAUGUAUACGACAAUACUUAACCGAUUAGAGGAAAAUAGAUUACUGUGGCCAAUAAUGACAAAAAUCUUCAGUGCUGAUGACUUGCGUGAGACAGAUGUGAAACUUGCUCUCCAAUUCAUUAAAGAGUUUUUGAAAUUUGACGCUUCGCACAGACUACCAGCUUCUAAAGCAUUGAUGCACGACUUUUUUCACCAAGAUGAUGACAGCAUUCAUGAUAACGUAGAUGCUAAACACACAUCACCGACGAAUAGCACUGCGCAACACAGCGAGCAUUUAUCAGUAGAUGAAGCUGCGAUCUUAGAAAAUAUUGAUGCAAACCAGACAAAAACUCUUUCCGAAAGAAAUAGGAUGCAAGUGAAUGAAUCCCAAAUGAGUGAGAUUGUUAUUAAUAAAUCUACGGAUGAGCAAAGUAUGCCAGGAACGGAGAUGAUUACACUGAUGUUGAAUACUCUUUCCGUAAAGGGCAUCAAGUUAGAGGAUGAGUGCGGUAUGAAACCGUCUGAUAUUGAGGAAUCAGACAAGGAGCAAAGCGUGACAAAAACUGAAGAUAAUACAAGGAUUGAUAUGGAGAAAAACAUAGACCUCAUUUUGCUUAAAAUGACUGAAUUGACAGAUGAAGUGAAAUACCUCCGUAUCAAAAUGGAGAAUAUGGAAAAGAGAAUGGAGAAUCUUAUAAAGAUAAACAUGAACGACGAAACAAUCACAAAAACUGGCGAAUCAGGGAAUAUAAGAAAUGAGAUAAAAGGAGAGUCUAUUGUUCAUAAACCCAUUGACAGCGUGAGGAUAAACUCUGAUGAAGUAGCGAUUGCUCAUAAAGAGAUUACAGUUAAAAAAGAAAAGAAGACAGGACGUGCUUUAAAGUGGAUGAGAACUGCUUGCAGAAGUGCAUUUAGUUUAUUCAAGAAGAGAAGAUCAAACUAACUACAA